CUGAUCAUAUACUGUUGUCAAGUGGAAACUGAAUUUGGUCCGGUGUUUUUCAUUUCCUUGAUAGCUGCUGCAAAAGCAGCUCCAUUAGUGUGCUGCUGUCAUUUGUGGGCACAGACAAGUCCUUUUAACAUUGUGAGACGCUGCUGUGAUGAUUCACUGAUGCAAACCGAGGAAAACAGAAACAGGAUGUGGACCUUUAUAUUGCUUUACAUCCUAGGACAAAACAUCUGUCAGGCUACUGAAGAAUAUUCAACACAAAUGUAUUAUGUUAAACUGACAAUUGAUGAAAAUGCAAUCGACAACAUAACUCAACUGAUAGAGAAACCUUUUGUGUAUGACACCAACCUGCAAGUUAACAACCUAACUAUAACAACAACCUGUCAGAAUGUCUCAAACAGCACAGAGUGUACCUGCAAGCCAGGCUACAGAUGGAGUGACAGCGUUUGUAAAUCUUAUCAGACAUGUUGUCGCGAAACCUGCACCUUCCCUCAAAACUUGUCUCACAUGUGUAUUUUAAACACUUCAGUUGCUGUCAACGGAUCCCUUAUUUUGAAAGGAAAUACUUAUGCCAAUUGUCUGACAGAUAAAAGCACUAUAGAGUUUCAGACUUGUAAUGACAAUUUGACAACUCAGUUAAAAAGUGUUUACAGCACUUUGACAGGAUUUGACACCUUAACAAUUUUACAAUACAGUGUUGGAAGUGUCAUUGCAACUUUUCAAAUGAUCAUUGCUUAUGGAGUCAAUCCAAAUGAUCUGAUUAUCAAAUCAAGCACACUCCUGAACAGCAGUCUGUCAGCAUCACUUGAUUUGGUGACUACAGGUGUUGUCACUUUAAGCAUGCCAAAUAACCCUGUGUAUUACGACUCAAAUCACAGCCUCACAUGCACAUUACAGAAGGACCUGGACAUUAUACCAACAUGGCAGCUUAAUACAACAAACAACACAUUUCAAAUAACUAAUGGCACAGGGGCAGUGGUGACAUGGACAACAAGGUCAACUAACAUUGAACUUAAACGGAUAACAGAACUCUGGGCAGGAAUGUACACAUGUGACUAUCUUCAACAAUUAAAUUCAACCAGUAUACGUCACCAAGCCAGCGCAUUAAUGGACGUAUGCCUCCUGCCAAAAAUUAACAUCUUCCUGGAUCCACAAUUUCCACGCUGCAAAUCUGAUUCAGAUAUACUGACCGUGACUACAACGUGUCAGAUAGAGAGUAGCACUGAAAAUUAUAAUGUGACAUGGAACACUGAAGAAAUCUUAUCACAAUUGCUACCAAAAAAUGGUUCCUCAGGUGUUUAUACAGUUCAAACAUAUGUUAAGUGUGGCGACCGUAACGCUAUGCCAAAAGUAAGAUGCAAUUUUGUGAACAGGUGCAAUCAACAAAGAACUGCUUCGAUUAAUAUCAAUAUCAUACAAGAAAAUGAUCCAUUCUGUAAAGCUGAACUUGACUGGCAAGACACCAAAGCUGGAUUCUCUGCAGUGUUACAAUGCAAGGGCUCGGCUGGACUGAGAACAAGGAACUGCACCACUGAGAGUAAAUGGGAAAAGGAGGUUUCAGCAUGUGUCAACCAGAUCUUGAACAAUGUGCUGCAAAGUUCAAUUAUUGUUGACAUUGGACUUGGCACAAAAGAUGACAACGCUGCAAAUGUACUUGCCCUCUUUAGCAAUGUUACAAAUAACACACAGAGUAUCAACACUUUCAGCAAUAUGAAUGCAUCUGUUCAUGUACUCUUAACUUUGAGUCAAAAACAACUAAAUCCAAAUGAAUCUGCAUUUAAGGACUUUCUGGUGUCAUCCAGCAAUUUGCUCGAGAAAUCUCUUGGAAAUUCAUGGACGGGUGACAACAACGAAAAUGUGUCAUUGGCUGAGAAAUAUCUGAAAUCUGUUGAAGAAUUAAUUAAUGUGUCAAACAUAACAAGUGCCCCUAAACAAACAAAUAUACAGGUAGCCGUACCAAAUUGCUCACUGCCUACAAAUUGUAUCAGCACAGUGUUUAAUAUCAGCGUCGCUCUUAAUAGUCAAGACCGUGGCAAUGUAAAAAUGUCUGCGUUUAAAGAACUGGAGCAAUAUUUUCCCACCAACAGUUAUUUUGGGGAAACACCAAACAGCCACGUUGUGUCAGCAACUACUGAAAGAUCAUUGGGUCCAGCUAGGGUUGAAAUUACAUUCCCUUUGCUCCAACCAAGGCCACGCAACGUUAUUAUGACGUGUGUCUACUGGAACUUCAACACAUCUACGUGGUCAUCAGAUGGAUGUGAUUGGACGGGGGCAACUAAUGAGGGACAAUGCGUUUGUCGGCAUUUGUCCUCAUUUGCCAUUCUAAUGUCAAAGAAACCCUUGGAGAUCACUGCAUUAACUGAGAUAACCUACGCUGGACUCUCCGUAUCAGUCCUGUCACUCACUAUCACCCUUGUGAUAGAACUGAUCGUCUGGAGCCAUGUAGUUAAGACAAAUACUUUAUAUUUACGCCAUACUGCCCACGUAAACAUUUCUCUCUGUUUGUUAGUUGCAGAUUGCUGUUUUUUAGCAUCUUCUAAUCCACGUGAAAUUACAGCAAUCUGGUGUGUGACUUUUGUGGUGGUGAAGCAUUUCUGUUAUCUGUCCAUGUUCUUUUGGAUGUUGUGUCUGAGCUGCACACUUCUUCACCAAGCAGUUUACCUGUUCCAUAAUGUGAGCAAAAAAAACUACCUGAGGUUCUCACUGGUCGUGGGCUACGUGUGUCCUUUGCUUAUUGUUGUUAUCACAUUUCUUACCAAUAAUGGGGAUGAAGGCAAAUACUACACUUCAGAGACCUGUUGGUUGGUUUAUUCUGGACUUCUGAAAGGGUCUAUCUAUACAUUUGUCAUACCAGUCGGUAUAAUUGUUUUCGUCAACGUGUUCUCCAUGUUGGUGGUUAUCAUGAAGCUUUUGGAUCAUCCUAAGAAUACAGAAAAGUCUCAUGAAAAAGAAAAAAAGGCUGCCCUAACUGUCAUGAGGUCAGUUAUUCUUCUGACUCCAAUCUUCGGUGUGACUUGGAUUUUUGGGUUUGCUGUAAUGCUUCUAGACCUCACAUCUGGACCCGUUGCCUAUGCAGCCAACUAUGCCUUUACCCUGCUGAACGCAUUCCAGGGUUUGUUCAUUUUGUUAACCACUUGCCUGGGGGACAAACUGACCCGUGAAGCCCUGCUGAAACGUCUAAAAUGCAAAGAUCCAAUAUCAACUACUGACACCUCCACAAAGUUUGAGUCAUCUGUGAGCAAGUGAAAAUCAUCUCAAAUUUGUGCACUCUUAAAUCCAAACAAACUACAUUUUACACAUAAAACCACAUUAAAUAGCAAUCCCACAAGGAGUUUGCGGGCCUUCCUAGGGAUUGUUGCGAUUGUUUUGCAAUGAAACUGUAAAAACUGUAAAGGUAGAGGUGAUUUUUUAGACUGUAGAAUUAUAGUUGAAUCAUUAAACAGUCCCUCCAGGAUUUCGCAGGCCUAACCCUAACCCUAACCAUGCUUGCAACUGACAGGGGUGUGACAGCCUGUGUCACAGUGAAUUGUCUCCUCAGACGUCCUCCAUGUGAAGUGUUUGUCAAUAGACGAUUUCCUUUUAUGUUUGACCACAAUACUGUAGGUUUUGCAAAACGGUCUUGGUAAAGAAGAUCCAGAGACUGUGUUUCACAGUCCUUUUUUUCCCCCAGCAAAUGUGAGACGUUGGUAUGACACGUCUGAUGUGUUUUGUAAACAAGGAAGUGACAAGCUCACGUUUGACAACGUUUUGCAGGAAACGGCGAUGAUAGGUCAAAUUUGCUAAAAAGUUGCGGUGAUUGGUCAAAAUCGCAAGUUGCGCUAAAUUCAUGGGGAUUUGUUGAAUUUGUGUUAAUAGUUGCGAUCACAAAAUCCUAGAGGGACUAAAUUAGCGACAUUCCAUUUUGUCUGAUUUUACUGCUAUUACCAGGGAUCCAAGGAUUUUUUAGGUGGGGUUGUAUGCUGUACUUAUCCAUAGUUAGUGUAAUAGCUACAGUGGUGGUCGGCAUGCCCGGUUUGGACUUUGGAGAAGGAGACGGGAGGACAGGCACAGAAACUAAGCAAUGUAGCCUAUAAUCUUUAUUUGUUAUAACCACUACUGUAGACGGGGACAGCAACACUGAAAUAACCCUUUAAAGUCCACUGUGCAAUGUUGUAAUGUUUGUUUAAUAGAUAUUUGUGUUUCUGAUUAGAAACUCCUUACUGUAUUUUUUGUUUGUUGCUUUAAACUAUAUAUCAAUGUCAAAUAGACAAGCAAUGCAGUAUAUUAAAUGUUUUUCAUUACUAAAGUGCUGAAAUGCCACAGAAACACUGCAAGGAUGUACAAGGGAGUUAAGCUAGCAUCUGGAUGUUGCUUUUAGCGAUCCCGUUUUCUUCAUUUUCUUUGCCCUGUUCUGCCCACUCCUCAUCUGUGUCAUCCAUUGAAAUCCCUUUUUCAGCUGCCAACUUGCGGUAGGCCUGGCAUUCGGUUUCUGCACUGCAACAUAGAAAAACAGGAUAAUUUACUUAUUUUCUGAUGUAUAAAGUAGGUUUCUAGAUUAUUUGGCUGUGUAUUUGAAAGAGAAGCUUUGUAAUCAAAAUAAAUGUUCAAUUAAAGUA